AUGGAAUCGCAGGAUCCUGUUCCGCCUCAGCCGGAGCAGAAAACAGAGGCCGACAUCGCGCAAGAGCCGGUUCAAAAUGGCGUGGAUCACGAAAGUGACGACAGUGUGACUGAGGAUGCGGUUGACUCACCGAUGGACCCGCCAAUGGCGACCACCAAACAGGAUGACGAGGGUGUAGAGGGCGCUGGACCAGUCGAGCCGGAGAUCUCCACCGCAGUCGACACCCCUGCAGACAGCUCCAGCGUCGGCGUGUCUGGCGCUGUAACGCUCGACGACGCUGUUGAAAAAACGAGCAUCAGCGUCGCAAAUGGAGUCGUGGGCGUCAGCCACCCGAAGCAUGGUAUGACUGCCAGUCCAGCGCUAAAUGGCAUACAUGCCAGCCACCCGGGUGACGUCACUAUGGCGAGUGCCGCAGACAUCCUGCCGCAUGUCAGCGGCGCAGACAAUGCCAUCAACGGCAGCCCAGCACUGGGCCUGAUGAACGGCAUCCCGUCAAACAGCACCACGAGGGUCAGCUUCGCAGACAGUGCUGACCUAACUUCAUCGGAGAAUAUCGUCGAGCCGGUAAAAGUCAACGAGCCGCUGUACCCCGCGUUCGAGUACUUUAAAACCGAGCUUCUUGGAGGCAAAGAGGGCGCCAUGGAGGCGUUGAUGCAUGUCGACAUCGUGACGCAGCAGCUGGGCCCGGAGCUGUGUGGGACUCUGCUGGUUCCAUUCCUCGCAGAGGCGCAGCGCGAAAUGCCCAUCCAGCUGAUGAAGAUGGUGAUGGACGUCUGGUGCACGCUCUCCAAGAUCAGUUUCGACGAGGCGUACGUGGACGCCAUCGUAAAGGGCGUAGCGUCGAUCAUAUCGCAGGAAGACCCCAGCAUAAGGAACAGGGCCGUAGAUCUAAUCGUAACCAUCAUGAGCGAUGUGCGUUCGACUGAUGCAGGGUACGACGUCGUGGCCACCACCAUCAUGCCGCUGCUGAAGCGUCUCUCCGAAAGUGAGUGGUUCGCUGAUGCGGUAUCCGCGUGCAAGCUAAUCCCGCUGGUGUACUUGGACGCCUCCGAACAGCAGCAGGAGGAACUCAGGCAGUGCUACAAGCAGCUGUGGGAGAACAACAUGCUGAUAGUGAGGCUGGAGGUGGCGCGCAACCUCGAAACAAUGCUCGCGAUCAUGCACAUGGACCACGCAGUGUCGAUGUUCUGGCUCGUGCUCAAAAACAUGUCCAUCGACCACCAGGAUGAGGUGCGCGCAUACUGCGUUGGGGCCUGCCUGGCGUUUGCAAAGCGCUGCACUGCGGAGCAGAAUGCGUCGUUCAGCUACCCGGUGGUGCAGGCGGCCGCCGCCGACAGCUCGUGGCGGGUGCGCAAGGCGCUGGCCGAGCGGUUCGACAAGAUCCACGAGAUCUUCGGCGAGGAGGAAAUGUCCGCCCACUUCAUGGAUGCGCAUGUGGCGCUGCUCACCGACGACUACGACAUCGUCAAGGAGGCUGCGGUGGACUCGUUCCUCAGGUGGUGCCGCAGGCUCUCCCAGCCCAUGGCGAACCAGUACAUCGCCUUCUUCGAAUCGCAUCUGGACGACUACGAAAGCAAGAUCAGGCAGUCCAUAUGCCGGAUAUUUGCAAUUUUCGCCUCGCAAAUGACACGGGGCAACGUGCAUGAGCGCCUAUCUCCCGUGCUGCGUCGGCUUUUGCGGGACGACAACAUGGACGUCAGGCUAAGCGCAAUCGAGCACAUAGAAGCCCUGUGCAGCGGGCGGGAGUUCGAAAGCGGGGUUGGCGCCAGCAUCACCGAUACUGUGGAGCAGGUGCUGCAGUCUACACGUUGGCGGCACCGGCUGGUCCUCGCGGAGAUGAUCAACUCCUUCUACCACCACUUCGGGCGCGGGAUUUUCGAGCGGUACUUCCUGCGGAUGCUGUUCCAACUGCUGACGGACCCCGUCUGGAAGGUCAGGGUCACCGUCGUGGAGAGCAUAGAGGCCCUGUGCGCCGAAUGCAAGGUGCCCUGGGUCGCGGACACCAUCUUGACGGAGAUCAUCAAGAUGUACGUCGAGCCGCGCAGCUCGUGCUACGUGAAGCCCGAGGACGUGCCUCUAUCGUACGCCUUCAAGAUCGUCAUUAUACAGGCGCUGGUGGUAGGCGGUGGCGAAGUCGCUAGACCUCCAAACCACGCUGGCACGCGUGCUGCCGAUACUAAUCAACGCCACAAAGGAUCCCACGGCAAACGUAAGGUUCGUCGCCGUCAAGGGGAUGCGCAGCCUGUUCGUGAUCUAUCAAGGAAAAAGCGUCGAGGCGUUUGUUCGCGCCAGAUCGCUGCUCGGGAAGCUGCUGCAGGACCCCGAUAUCGACGUGAAGUACUACGCGCAGAUGGCGAUCAACACAUACGAAGCCUGCUUCCCCAGCCUGCUGCAGAGGGACUCCUUUUAAUGCAAAUAAAAAUUUUAUCGCUAUUCGCGCGACUAGCACAGCGCCCACUACACAUUAAUGCCGAUGCCACCCGCGGCCUAAGCUCGUUCGGCCGCUAUACCGCCAUUCCACCCGCGCCUAGGCUGCCUUCCCAAUCGCUUACAACCGAAGCAUCAGCCAUGGCGACGAGGCGGCAGAAGACACAACACAGGGUCGAACCCUAUCGCAUCUGCGCCGUCGGGCCCAAGGGAGCGCGCCAGGCGGCAUCCAUGGCGCAGUCUACCGCUGCAGUGAGCCAGAAGGUGGCUACAGCUGGCGCCUCUGAUGCCCGCCAGAUGUCCAGCGGCAUGGUCUUCAACAAGAAGUUCGGACAGCACAUGUUGAAGAACCCUGGGAUCCUGGACAAGAUCGUGCUUGCCGCCGAAAUCAGGAGUUCGGACACGGUGCUGGAGAUUGGUCCCGGUACCGGUAACCUGACGGUGCGCCUAGUGCCCAUAGCCCGAAAGGUAAUCGCAAUCGACAUUGACAACCGUAUGGUUGGCGAGGUCAAGAAACGCUGCGUGUCGAUGGGGUACAACAACCUAGAGGUCAUAGAAGGUGACGCCCUCCGCACCACGCUACCCAAGUUCGACGUUUGCACGGCCAACCUGCCGUACCAGAUAUCCAGCCCGUUCAUCUUCAAGCUGCUCUCGCACCGGCCGCUCUUCAGGUGCGCCGUGCUCAUGUUCCAGAAGGAGUUUGCGGAGCGCCUGCUGGCGUCCACCAACGAGGAGAAGUACGGCCGCCUGGCGAUAAACACGCGCCUCUUCUGCACGGUGACCCGCGUCUGCAAGGUGGCGCCAGGCAGCUUCAAUCCGCCGCCCAAGGUCGACAGCAUGAUCGUCAAAAUCGUGCCCAGGGAGCAGCCACUGGUGGUGGACUUCGUCGAGUGGGACGGGAUGAUCCGCAUCUGCUUCUCGCGCAAACGACGCACGCUGGGCAGCCUCUUCAAGAAGCAAUCGGUACUCUCCAUCCUCGAGGGCAACUACAAGAACUGGUGCACCAUCAACAACCGGGCGCCGGAACCCGUGCCGUUCAAGGAGUACUGCAUGAGAGUGCUAAAGGAGUUGAACCUAUCGGAAAGGCGCAGCAUCACGGUCUCCAUCGCCGAGUUCCUGGAGCUCAUGCUCAAGUUCAACAACGCCGGGAUACACUUCGCGAACGUCGCCAGACCGGCGGAUCACAAACCGGAUGCAAGUUCGCUCGCCAAGGGUGGGUUAUCAUACGUGGUUGUGCCAAACGUUACAGCGGGAGGGUUGCAAGUGCCGAACUUCCUGUUCGACGACGACCACAUGGAGCUCGACGACUGA